AUGCGCACCAACUGUCAGUCGAACCACGAACUAGAACUGCUAUAGCCACGCGCCCUCUAACGCAAGAUUUUUAUUUUUUUACGACUUUAAAUACAGCUAACUAAUGUCGUACACUAAAGUAAUACCAGGCCUAGUCAGGGCAAAUUCUGACAACAUCAAGAGAAUAUGCUUGUCUCAGGGGAGAUUUCGGUCCACGGUCGCAUCCAAGCAACGUAAGGAGGUUGAAGGAGGGAAAGAAGAGCAGCAACUUGUUGAGUGCACCGUGGUGAAAGCUGUUCAAGCAGACCUCAUCAGCCAAACAAAAAAUAACACCGAUGCUCAAACACGGAAGAUCGCAAUCGACUUUGAUAAUACACACGAAGCGUAUAAAAGUAAAGAUAACAUUGAGCUGCUUAGAAGUCUGUUGGUCUUCAAGCUUUGCACAUUCGACUUGCUCGUUGACAAGAACAAGGAGUUGAUGGACCUCAGCAAGAAAGUGUUUGGCAAGCGGCUGUUUGAGAGGCUGAUGAAGAUGACGUUCUACGGGCAGUUUGUAGCUGGGGAGGACCAUAACUCCAUCAAGCCUCUGAUCCAUAAGAACCAGGCCUUUGGCGUGGGGUCAGUCCUGGAUUACAGUGUGGAGGAGGACCUGACGCAAGAGGAGGCAGAGAAGAAGGAGAUGGACUCCUGUGUGUCUGAAGCUGAGAAAGAAAGUCCAGGCGUUGACCACCGUGAGAAGAAGUACAAGGCCCACCGUCAGUUUGGGGACCGUCGUGGGGGCGUGGUCAGUGCCAGGACCUACUUCUAUGCUGACGAGGCCAAGUGUGACGCCCAGAUGGAGACCUUCCUGAACUGCAUCAAAGCGUCAGGGGGGGCCUCUGUAGAUGGAUUUUCUGCCGUUAAGAUGACUGCCCUGGGCCGCCCACAGUUUCUGCUCCAGUUCUCAGAGGUGCUGGUGAAAUGGAGGAGGUUCUUCAACCUCCUAGCAGCACAGCAGGGGAAGUCUGGCAUGGAUGCACUGGAGCAGAAACUGGAACUGGAACAGCUGAAGGAGAGUUUGACUAAGCUGGGUGUUGGAAAUAAAGACGACAUUGAGAACUGGUUUACUGGAGAGAAACUGGGCUCAUCAGGAACAAUAGACCUCCUGGACUGGAAUAGCUUGAUCAACGACAGAACAAAGAUCUCAAACUUGCUCGUCAUUCCCAACGUUGAGAAUGGUCAGCUGGAGCCUCUGUUGAGGAAGUUCACUGUUGAAGAGGAGAAACAGAUGAAGAGGAUGCUGCAGAGAGUGGAUGUUCUGGCCAAGCAUGCAGUAGACAAUGGGGUGAGGCUGAUGGUGGACGCUGAGCAGACAUACUUUCAGCCGGCCAUCAGCAGACUGACCCUGGAGAUGCAGAGGAUCUUCAACAGAGAGAAGCCCAUCAUCUUUAACACCUACCAGUGCUAUCUCAAGGAAGCGUAUGACAAUGUGUCUGUGGACGUGGAGCUGUCCCGGCGUGAGGGCUGGUACUUUGGGGCCAAGCUGGUUCGCGGCGCCUACAUGUACCAGGAGAGGAGCAGAGCGGAGGAAAUCGGUUAUGAGGACCCCAUCAACCCAGAUUACGAGGCCACCAAUAGAAUGUACCACAAGUGUUUAGAGUUUGUGUUGGAGGAGAUCGACCACAACAGAAAGGCUAACGUCAUGGUGGCGUCACACAACGAGGACACUGUCAAAUUCACCCUGGGAAAGAUGAACGAGAUGGGUCUGUCCCCCACUGAGAAAAAGGUCUAUUUUGGACAGCUGCUCGGCAUGUGUGACCAGAUAAGCUUCCCUCUAGGCCAGGCUGGAUUCCCAGUGUACAAGUACGUCCCCUACGGCCCAGUCAACGAGGUCAUCCCCUACCUGUCACGCCGUGCCCUGGAGAACAGGGGCUUCAUGAAGGGUUCCCAGAGGGAGCGCAGCCUGCUGUGGAAGGAGCUCAAACGCAGGCUGCUCAACGGACAGAUCCUCUACAAGCCUGUGUACUGACUGAGCUGACUGACUGGCACACCAGCACUCUGCCCCUUUUUAAAACAUUCCAGUGUCUUAACUGAACCUGCCCUGGUCACAAUGGAGGAACCUGAACUGCCACUUAAUUGGAAUUUUCACAUAGUCAUGCACUGAUGUCAAUGGGAGACUAAAGUGAAAAUUUGACUUCCAGUAAGUGGAAGUUAGGGUUUACCCCUGUGGCUUUAGAAUGUACUGUAGGUAGGUGUGUCUAGUACUGAGAUAUGAUCCUAAUGCCAAGUGACCCUCUACCUUCCUUUUGCUCUAUUUAUUGCUGUUGAAAGUGUCCUUAUUAUAUACCAUGAUCCUUAUCCACUGCUUUUGUCAUGGUUUAGUGGCUUACAGUGGCUAUCAAAAGUAUUCACCCCCUUGGCAUUUUUCCUAUUUUGUUGCCUUAUAACCUGGAAUUAAAAUAGAUUUUUUUUUUUUUUGGGGGGGGGUUG